GCAUCCUGGGGCUGAAGGUUUCCCACAUCCGGCUUUCCGUCUCCCUUUCACUUGCAUUUACAUUGCAUCCCUCGUGGGGAACUGCACAAUCUUCUUUGUCAUCAAGUCAAGUCAUCAGUCAUGUGAUAUGAGCUCCCACGAGCCCGUGUACCAAUUCCUAUCCAUGCUGGCCAUCAACAGUUCGGGUUUGCCUCUGUCCACAACGCCAACUGUGAUGAGUGUUUUCUGGGUCAACUACAGGGAAACCAGUUUUUCUCUGCUUUAUUUUGUUAAUUCUCUCUCUUUCAUGGAGUCCUUGGUGCUUCUGGCCAUGGCUUUUCAUCGCUAUGUGGCCAUUUGCCACCCACGGAGAUACUCCUCCAUCCUCACCAGUGCCAGGGUAGGCAAGAUCAGGCUGGCUGCUUGGUGCAGAUGCCUCACAGGAGUGCUGCCAUCACUCUUCUUGCUGAGAAGAUUGCCCUUCUGCCAGUCCCAUGUGCUCUCCCAUGCCUACUGCCUGCAUCAGGACCUGAUCAAGCUGGUAUGUGCAGACAUCACAUUCAAGACCAUGUAUGGGUUAGCUGUGGUCAUCCUUAUAGAGGUGCUAGACCCAUUGUUCAUUGUUUUGUCAUAUAUUAUGCUCUGUAAGACAAUUGCGAGCAUCACAUCCCAGAUGGAGCAUCUCAAGGCUUUGAACAACUGCCUGUCCCAUAUCCUGGCAGUCCUGAUCUUGUACAUCCCCGUGAUUGGCUUGUCCAUGGUACACCGUUUCGGAAAGCAUGCUUCACCUCUUGUUCAUGUCCUCCUGGCCAACAUUUACCUGUUGGUCCCCGUGCUGAACCCAAUCAUCUACAGCAUAAAGAACAAACAGUUCCACAGGAUCAUAGAAUCAUAG